AUGCGCUCGUUGCCGCAAUGGGCUGUUGCCGCCGCCGCCGCGGCAGGAGGAGGAGCCUUGAUAGCGGUGCUACUCAGACGAUGGCGUGAACAAGUGUCAGGGCAAGCAGAGCUGUAUCCAGGGUUGCAGGCGAGCUGCACAGUUCCGUCCCCCAGGAGAUCGAAGCCAACAGCAGCUGAUGUCAUUGCGCUAGGGCAUGUCGUCAUCGUCGGCGCAGGCAUCGUGGGGCUGGCGAUCGCGAACGAGCUUGCGAGACGAGGCUGCGAGGUCACGGUGCUGGAGAAGGAGAUGGCGGCAGGGACGCAGGCAACGGCGCUCUCAUGGGCAUGGAUCAACGCCAACUCCAAGAAGCCGAAGCAUUACCAGAGGUUCAACAUGCUUGCCAUGGACCUCUGGAACCUCAUGUUCCCUGGCUAUGUGAACUGGUGCGGCAGCCUCCUCCUCAACGAGAACCCGAAGCAGGAGGUCGACGAGUAUCCCUGCCACAAGGUCGAAUGGUCGCAAGUCCCUGACCUCCAGCCUGGGAUCGCAUGCGAAACGCUCGGAGGGACGUCGGGGACAAAGUCGGGAUGCUCCUAUUUCCCGUCGGAGGGGAUCACGGAGCCGCACAAGGUGAUCAAUGAGAUGCUGAGGAGAGCAGAGGCGAGGCAAGUGCGGCUCGUGUACGGAGCUACCGUGACGGGCUUCCCCUGGGACAUCGAGGGAGACGUGCGGGGAGUGACGUACGUCCUGCACGGGUCGCAGGGUUGGGAUGGUCCGCAGACGAUCACGGCCGACGUGGUUGUGCUGAGCAAUGGUACGGGAGUAGAGCAGCUGGCGAAGUCGGCAGGAUUCAAAGUGCCCCUGCUGCACAAGCCAGGUUUCCUCGCUCACACCGAACCCGUCAAGGACGUGGUGAAGAGAGUGAUUGUCUCCCCAAACUGCCACAUCCUCCAGCGUGAAAACGGUUCUUUGGUGAUCGGUGAGAGCAAGGAGGCGGGCGGGGCUUCCAGCGUAGCGUAUGCAGUAGAUCGAUAUGCGCAUGAGGGCUUCAGAUCCAACAUGCCGCCAGCCUCCCACUCUGAAGAGCAGGAGGAUGAAGAGCUUGCCGAGCUCUCAACGUUUGGUCAUCGGGCUCUAGGGGCAGCCAAGAGCAUCUUGCCGGUCAUCGAGGAAGCGAAGCUGAGCCGAGUGACUUGCGGUUACAGGCCAUUUCCUGAAGAUGGCCUCCCCGUGAUCGGGUUCUGCUCCAGCAGUUGCUCGACGCGAUCGCCGGGGCUCUACAUCGCGGUCAUGCACAGCGGCAUCACCCUCGCCCCGCUGGCAGGAGCCGCUGCUGCGUUGGAGAUCGCCGAGGGUCUGGACCUCGACCUCCUUGCCCCCUACCGGGUCAACAGGUUCACCAAGAUAUUCAAGAACAAGGGCUUGUGA